AUGGCCUCAUGUGAGAGGUGCAAGCAGCGCAAGGCAAAGUGCGACCGCCGAUUACCGGCGUGUCAGCGCUGUGAGAAGGCAAAGGUUGAGUGUGAGUACGGGGGGAGGCGGAAGCCGGGGUUUCCAGCUGGACAUCGCCAGAUGCUGGAGGAAAAGAUCGAGAAGCUGGAGUCCGAGCUACGUGCCAUUCGCAGCACGCCGCGAACGAGCACAUCAACUGAUCAAGCACCUCCACAAGACACAAUCGAAGUCGAGACCAAGUCACCCAAUGACCAGGCAAUUCGUUCAAUGCCCGUUGGUGAAGCAUCACCUACUUUUGAGCGCACACGCAGAGUCACUGAGCGCAGACCCCCAACCGACCUCGUCGUUUCUCUCGCCUCUCUUUACUUCCGCCACAUCCACCCAUGGUUUCCCUUCCUAGAUGUCCAGCGCGUCUGCGCCGAUAUGGGAUCUAUGGAUGAACCUGCGCUGCUGUACUAUGCUCUCUUUGGAGUCACGCUGCCGUACUCGUUCGAUUCGCGUCUUGAUCAGUCGUCGAGCGAUUCGUUUUGGAAAUACUCUAAGCGCAGCAUAUUUGUUGAUGUGUUGGAGGAGCCUUCGUACAGUUCGUUGGAGGUUCUUACGGUUCUGGUUUUGGAUCUUUCGGGCAUGACGCAUGGACCUCAGGUCUGGGGUCCGUUGGCUGUAGCGACGAAGCUCGCGGUGCAGCUUAAGAAUACUGACGGGCUUGUAUUUCGCACUUCGACUGAGGCUGAGAGCAGCGAAUCGCUGAGUAAGAGUGAUGGUAUAUUCCGACAGCGGUUGUUCUGGGCUAUCUACGCUCUCGACUGCACCAUCUGUAUUACCACGAACCAUCAUUCGACUUUGGGCGAUGAUCAUGUUCAACACUUUCUACCUGCGCGACAACAAGUCUGGAGGGAGAACCUCUCAGAGGGAGACGAUGCAUCGCUUACUCCAGCGUCUGUGUUCAGCUACCAACUAGAGCUUUUUGAUCUAUCUCGAAGAAUCCACAGAGUUGCAAUGGAAUACAGCAGGCUGUACGACAACCAAGAGCUCGAGUCGACUUGGCUCAGCGAGUUUCAUAACAUCGCAGCUGAACUCAAUUCGUGGAUGGAGACACUGCCUUCUCGACUGUUCUGGCAUAACCAUAAUAUUGUCGAGGACCGAGUUCCCGGCGCUAUCCGACCAGCGACCUUUAUGCUGUACGGAUACUAUUACGCCUUGGAUAUCUACCUCAACGGUUUUCUCGCCAUACCAUGCCAUUUCAACUUCCAGUCCGAUUCGCAUCUUGAGCUCCGUCGCCAAUGCUUGCAGCGAUGUCUCAACAGCGUACAAGUCUUGGCUCAGAUCGUCACGAAAGUAGCCGACCAAACUGUCGAUAAGCUCGGCUGGCCAUUUGCCUGGUCCGUCUGGGUAGCCGCUCGUUUCCUCACAGCGCAGAGGUACUUCACAGGAGAGACUGACACCGACACCAUAGCAAAAGUCUCACUCUUCACGACGUUUCUCAGCACCAUGGGCCGCUUCUGGCAGAUCAGCGCCAGCUACGCGAGGAUGCUGCGUCGAGCGACUUCUGAUCUUGACGCAGGCACUGAGCCGGGACAAGGGACAAUUCUUCAGCUCAUGGCCGAUCUUCGCGUCCCAACGUCUCAUAUUGAAGAUCAGUUUAGACCAGAUUCUAUGCUGCAUGGGGUCAUUAGUCCGGGGCAGUCUGUUUCAACGUAUGAUAACCCGACCUACAUGGACGUUGAGAGACUGGAUACUCUUCUACCCGUGUUCGCCGACGAUGCGUGUUUUGAUAUGUCCCAAGAUCACGAUAAUUGGUUCCGCAUGCCGUUGUUUGCCUCGUCAGCAUAUCAACAGUUCAACGCUCCAGAGCAGGAGUGA